CUCUGUUUAUGUAUUUCUCUGUUUUACUUUUUUACUGAUUGUUGUUUAUGAGACACACCCUGUCUCUUUAAAAAGCUGUUCUUUGUGUAACGCAGUCAAACCUGAACAUCCAUCCUUCUGUCAGUGAUCUCUACCCGAUGAAACUAUUUCCCUCUUCCCUCCCCGUCACACACCUGCAGGUAUGAGGAUGGGUGUGAACUAUAUACUGUGAAUAACUGGAGCUGAAAAACCUCAUUCAGUGCAGCAAGUCAACAAGAGCAGACGUUUGUUGUCCAUCAGAGCUCUGAAUGUGUUUCUAUCCAGAGAAAGAGGAACUGUUUGUUCGUCACGAUCACUGAGAGGAGAAAUGGCUCAGCGAGGAAACCAACUGGACCGAGAGACAAUCUGCUGUCCCAUCUGUCUGGAUCUCCUGAAGGAUCCGGUGACUACUUCCUGUGGACACAGCUACUGCAUGAAGUGUAUUAAAAGCCACUGGGAUACAGAGGAUGAGAAGAGAGUCUACAGCUGCCCUCAGUGCAGACAGGACUUCAUACCGAGGCCUGUCCUGAGGAAAAACACCAUGUUAGCAGAUUUAGUGGAGGAGCUGAAGAAGACUGGACUCCAAGCUGCUCCUGCUGAUCACUGCUAUGCUGGAUCUGAAGAUGUGGCCUGUGAUGUCUGCACCGGGAGAAAACUAAAAGCCUGUAAAUCCUGUCUGCAGUGUCUGGCCUCUUACUGUGAGAAACAUCUUCAAACUCAUUUAGAAGCAGCUCCAUUAAAGAUACACAAGCUGGUGGAGCCCUCCAAGAAGCUCCAGGAGAACGUCUGCUCUCGUCAUGAUGAGGCGAUGAAGAUGUUCUGUCGUACUGAUCAGCAGUCUAUCUGUUAUCUCUGCUCUGUGGACGAACACAAAGGUCAUGACACAGUCUCAGCUGCAGCAGAAAGGAGCGAGAGGCAGAGAGAGCUCGAGGUGAGUCAACAAAACAUCCAGCAGAGAAUCCAGGACAGAGAGAAAGAUGUGAAGCUGCUCCAACAGGAGGUGGAGGCUAUCAAUGGCUCCGCUGAUAAAACAGUGGGGAACAGUGAGAAGAUGUUCACUGAGCUGAUCCGUCUCAUGGAGAAAAGACGCUCUGAUGUGAAGCAGCAGGUCAGAUCCAAGCAGCAAACUGAAGUGAGUCGAGUCAGAGAGCUUCAGGAGAAGCUGGAGCAGGAGAUCACUGAGCUGAAGAGGAGAGACGCUGAACUGGAGAAGCUCUCACACACAGAAGAUCACAACCAGUUUCUACAUGACUACCCCUCACUGUCACCACUCAGUAAAUCUACACACUCAUCCAGCAUCAAGAUCCGUCCUCUGAGGUUCUUUGAGGAUGUGACAGCAGCUGUGUCAGAAGUCAGAGAUAAACUACAGGACGUCCUGAGAAAGAAAUGGACAAACAUCUCACAGACAGUGACUGAAGUGGAUGUUUUACUGUCAGAACCAGAGCCCAAGACCAGAGCUGAGUUCUUAAAGUAUUCUUCUGACAUCACACUGGAUCUAAACACAGCAAACUCACUGCUGUUAUUAUCUGAUGGGAACAGAAAAGUAACAGCAAUGAGAGAACAACAGUCUUAUUCUAGUCACCCAGACAGAUUCACUGAUUGUUGGCAGGUCCUGAGUAAAGAGAGUCUGACUGGUCGUUGUUACUGGGAGGUGGAGAGGAGAGGAGACGGAGUUUCUGUAGCAGUCACAUACAAGAAUAUCAGCAGAGCAGGGGGCUCAGAUGAAUGUUUGUUUGGAGGUAAUGACAAAUCUUGGAUGUUAGAUUGUUACCACAAUGGAUAUAACUUUUGUUACAACAAAGUCAUCACUCCUGUCUCAGGUCCUCAGUCCUCCAAAGUAGGAGUGUACCUGGAUCACAGAGCAGGUAUUCUGUCCUUCUACAGCAUCUCUAAAACCAUGACUCUCCUCCACAGAGUCCAGACCACAUUCACUCAGCCUCUACAUGCUGGACUCGGGUUAGAUUAUUAUGUUGGAGUCUCUGCUGAGUUGUGUAAACUGAAAUAGACAGAAGUCAUUAACGAGACAGAUGUUUAACUUGCUGUGUUUUAAAUCUUCAACUUGAUUUUUAUUCAUGCUCGUUGCUGACAUCUGAUCGUCGUCACCUGUCAAUCAAACUUCAUGGGCGGUAC